AUGGCCCUCCGCGCGCUCAAGCUCACCGAGGUGGUGCCCAAGCUCCACCGCUCUGGCAUCCUCGAGCUGCAGCUGAACACGCCCCAGAACCUGAACGCGUUCGGCGGCCUCAAAUACUUGGAACUCAUCAAGGGCUUUGACUAUGCCCGCGAGCAAUCGGACAUCAAGGCGGUCAUGGUGACGUCGAGUGGACGCUUCUUCUCGGCCGGCGCAGCGAUCUCCCCAGGUGGUAUGGGGGGUGAGGGCAGGGCCAAGGGCAAGGGCCCCUCCGAGCUCUACGUUAACAUGCUCAUCGACUUCCCCAAGCUCGCAGUGUGUGUGCUUAACGGCCCGGCAUACGGCAUUACCGUGACCACCCUCCCCCUCUUCGACCUCGUGUACGCCGCCCCCGAGGUGACGAUUACGACCCCCUUCUCGCGUUUGGGUAUCUGUCUCGAAGGCGCGUCCUCUGUCCUCUUCCAGCCCCUCUUCGGAAACUCUCUCACUUCGCGUCUCCUCUACAUGGCCGAGACGAUUCCGCUCAAGGACCUCCUGCCAACGGGCAUGAUCGCCGACGUCCUCCCCAAGGACAGCAUCAACGAGGCAGUGGAGAAGAAGCUCGCAGCUCAGCUCGACGACCUCGCCGUCAACUCGAUCAUCACCUCCAAGAGCCUCGUGCGCUCCGAGGAGUACCGCGCACACUUGCGUACGGUCAACGAGAAGGAGAUGGCCACUGUAGCGGAACGCAUUGCGUCGCAGGACCACAAGGACCAGAUCGCAAAGUUCCAGGCCAAGCGUGCUGCGGAAAAGGCCAAGAAGGACGCGGCCAAGCUCUAA